ACUACUCCUAAUACUAUUAUAUGCUUGUAUUCAAAUCAUCUUUGAUAAACUGUGUAUCAAUGGCGAUUGAAUAAAGAAUAGGCAUAAAUAAAGCCCCGAAACCAAGGGAGUGAGAGUGUGACACCCUUUCUUCUGCGCCACUCUGCACUUUGUUUUGCUUUCUCUCUCUCACAGACAACACACAUUGGUCACUCCCUCUCUCUAAUAGUCCAACUCUGAAAUAGAGGAAACCAGACAAGAGUUUUCAACUUUAAUUUCAUCUCUCUAUUUCUAUUUCAUUUCAACAUGAGUAAAGAAGAGUUCUUGAAGAUCCAGACUUGUGUGCUCAAAGUCAAUAUUCACUGUGAUGGGUGUAAGCACAAAGUGAAGAAAAUCCUGCAGAAAAUCGAUGGCGUUUACACGACCAACAUAGAUUCCGAGCAGGGGAAAGUUACCGUUUCCGGCAAUGUCGACGCCGCCACUCUCAUCAAGAAGCUUACCAAAAAUGGAAAGCAUGCCGAAAUCUGGGGCGCCCCCAAGCCCAACGCCAACAACAACAACAACAACAAUCAGGCCAAGAAUGACAAUGCGAAGGCUGCUGCUAAGAAGGGUCAGCCGCCGGCGCCGCAGAAGGGUGGUGGCGGUGGAGGUGGAGGGAACAAUCAGGUGAAGGGAGGCGGCGGGAUGCCGCAGGGGAUGACGCCGCAGAUGCUGCAGCAGCUGCAGCAGAUGAAGGCGUUGCAAGAUCUGAAGACGGGGCCGCAGUUUAUGAAGGAUGUGAAGGCGGCGGCGGUGGGCGGCGGGCCGAAUCAGAAGGGGGUGAAGCUGCUGCCGGAGGAGGGGUUUAGUGAUGGUGAGUUUGAUGACGAUGAUUAUGAUGAUGAGGAUGAUGAUUAUGAUGAGGAGGAUGAUGAUGAGGAGUUUGAGGAUGAUCUGGAUGAUGGGCCUCCGCCGCCGGCGAAGAUGAAGCAGCCGCCGCCGCCGCCGGCGAUGAAUCAUGGGCAGCAGAUGAUGAUGCCCAACAUGAUGACUCCGCAGCAGCAGAUGAUUAUGAUGAAGGCCGCCGCGGCUGCCGCCAAUGCCAAGAAGGAAGGCGGCGGAGGAGGAGGAAGCGGUGGCGGCGGUGCUGGUGGCGGUGGUGGGAAUAUCCCAAUGCAAAUGUUGAAUCUUGGUGGUGGUGGUGGAGGAGGGAAGAAAGGUGGUGGUGGGAAUGGAAAUGGUGGGAAUCAAGGUCAAGGUGGUGGUGGUGGAGGGAAGGGUGGGAAAAACGGUGGCGGGCAGCCGCAAAUGGGGGGCGGGAACAAGAAUGGUGGCGGCGGAGGUGGUGGUGGGGCUGGAAAUGUCAACAAUUUCAUGGCAAAUGGGGCCAAGAAAGGGGGUGGAAUGAAUGAUGGGGGUCAUGGCAUGCCACCAUCAAACAUGAUGAUGUCCAUGAAUGGUGCUGCUGCUAAUGUGGGCCAUAUGCCCAAAUUGCCCCCCAUGGGGAACCAAGCCGGCUUUUCGGGCCUCCCGCCAAUGAACGGCGGCCCUGGUGCUCCUCCCGGCUACUUUCCGGGCGGAGGGCCCGGGCCGGAUCAAAUGGCGGGAAACCCCUACUAUCAGCAGCAGCAACAGCAACAACAACAGCAACAACAGAUGGCGACAAUGAUGAUGAACCAACAACGCGCCGCGGGGAAUGAGAGGUUUCAGCCAAUGAUGUACGCGCGCCCGCCUCCCGCGGUCAACUACAUGCCACCGUACCCAUCGUACCCUUACCCACCGCCUCCUGGCGAGCGGGCUGAUCAGUACUCGAUGUUCAGCGAUGAGAACACCAAUAGCUGCGCGAUCAUGUGAGCCGGCUCGGCUCCGGCUCAAAAUGGCCGGAGUCCGGUGUGCCGGUGAGGUUUGAUUUCAUAGGCAUGGAUGAAUGAUGGUGGUGGUGGUGGUGGUGGUGACAUGAUAUGCCAUGCCAUAGUAUACCUUCAAAUGGUUUUUUAUAUUUUUACUUUCAUUUUAAUUUAUAUUUCCCCCCUUAUGAAUCCCUAAUUUUAGAUUAGUGUUUCAUGAUAGGAAGUUUAUGUCAUAGAAAAUAAUAUUAUAAUAUUAAAAAAGCCCUUAGACAUUGA